AUGCCAAGGACCCGUCCUCGCAGUCUAAACUUGAGGAUACCGACGGAGGAAACUUACAAUGAUACCUUGUAUCCCACGUAUAUUCCCAGGGCAAGUUCCAGAUCGCGCCUUUGCAACAAAUGCUCAAACGGAUUUUAUCCAGUGCCAACGGGUGCAUUGAUGCCCAGCCCAGCAUUCCUCCCUGUUCAGUGUAUGAUCCCGAUGGUUUAUGCACCGGCACCUCCUCCCAUUGCAGCACCCAUGCCAAUUCCACCAGUUGUCUACAAGGAGCCGUUGCAACUUCCAGAGCUUCCAUAUCCACCAGCUGAGUCAGAUGAAACAGACAGUGGAGAGAUGGAGGAUAUGCGAACCACGACAGAGGAGACUUUCUCAACGCUUCAAAGGAAUACUUCGAGAAGGAAUGACUUUGUAGCUACCAACCUGAUUCGAGAUUUUGAGGAGACAAACUGGAUCUCCAUCAACGACAACUCAAGGAAUGUGCAAGACUGGACUAUCAAACGGAACCAUUGGUUCCAGCGCAGUGUUGAGUUGCCUCCAGGCGUCAUUACGAAACUUCGUUGCGAGAAAUUGCCUAUGGAUGUCACAAAUUAUUCAAAUUUGCGUAAAAAUAAUAUGCAACGACUGCGGAUAACUGGAAGGGUUAGGCAGUGGUCCCCCACCAUGAGAGCCAUCACCGAAGAGGACUUUAGCGAGGAGUUGUUCCUGCCUCAGGGCACAGACCUCAGCACAAUAUCGUACAAGCUGCAGACAAAGAACAUUCAGCAGUACAAUGAGAGCCAAUUCAACAAGGUCCUGCGCCAUCAUUCGACAUCGUAUGAUGAAGAUAUAAGGGGUCAACCCUUUACGGAGAACACAGUAGUAAUAACGGGUCGAGUGAAUCGGAUAUCCAAACAGGAGGUGCCUUCGACUGAUCAAACGUGGUCGAAGGAAUACAAGCACACCGUCAAAGGCACAAUUGACCUUUCGCCCGAAGGCCAUAUAAUGAACCCCGUCAUAACUUCCUACUCAGAGAUGCCAGAUGCUCUUGCCGACCUUGCAUCCACACCUGAUCAGGAUACUUCCUGUACGGUAGCGGAUGGCAAAUGGCAGAUUAGAAUUCGACUGGACGACAGAGUGGAUCGUGACAGCAUCGAGAUGGAAGCGAAUCCACGCGAGGAAACAGUGAAGCUAGUGUUUGCAAGACACUCACAAAACAAUACAAAUGGUCUGGCUAACGACAACUAUCAGCCCAAGAUGGCCACCACUACCACGGUCUUCGCUCUCCCCGCAAACAAGUUUGACAUUACCGGCAUCUCCAAGAGGGUUCAGGGACAGGAUCUGGUGCUUUCUAUACCUUUCUCAAAAGGCUUUCAGCUCUCCGAUUUGAAUAUUGCCUCUUUACCACUCACUCUACUUUUCGAAUUGGACCAUCGGAAUCGCUUAGUCGAGUCGCGUGGAUAUUCCUCACCUUGCAUUCAUAAAUUCUAUAACUCACGAUUGAUUUCGAUUCGGUUAUAA